CCAAUCCUGGAGAUGCCGAAGAGAAGAGACAUUCUUGCCAUCGUGUUGAUAGUGUUACCGUGGACUCUGCUCAUCACCGUUUGGCACCAAAGUGCAAUCGCUCCGCUGCUCGCCAUCCGCAAGGAUGACGGAGCCGACGGAGGGCGGAGGGAGGCGGGCCAGGCCAGCGACUCUAAGGAGUACUGCUCCUCUGAUAAGGACAUAGUUGAGGUGGUGAGGACGGAGUACGUGUACACACGGCCGCCACCAUGGUCCGACGUGCUGCCCACCAUCCACAUCAUCACCCCAACCUACAGCCGCCCGGUCCAGAAGGCAGAGCUGACGCGGCUGGCCAACACCUUCCUCCAUGUGGCCAACCUGCAUUGGAUCCUGGUGGAGGACUCUCAGAGAAGGACCCCGCUGGUCACACGCAUGCUCAGGGAAACGGGCCUCAACUACACCCACCUGAACGUGGAGACUCCCAGGAACUAUAAGCUGCGUGGGGACACACGGGACCCCAGGAUACCCCGGGGCACCAUGCAGAGGAACCUGGCGUUGCGCUGGCUCAGAGAGACCUUCAACUCCAACAGCAGCCAGGCGGGCAUUGUCUACUUCGCUGAUGACGACAACACCUAUAGCCUGGAGCUGUUUGAGGAGAUGAGGUCAACAAGGAAGGUAUCUGUAUGGCCCGUGGCCUUCGUUGGUGGUCUGCGCUACGAGUCGCCCAAGGUCAACGCAGCGGGCAAGGUGUACGGCUGGAAGACUGUAUUCGACCCUCACCGGCCCUUUGCCAUCGACAUGGCAGGCUUCGCCAUCAACCUGCGGCUCAUCCUCUUCAAGCCCCAGGCCUACUUCAAGCUGCGGGGAGUGAAGGGAGGCUACCAGGAGAGCAGCCUGCUCCGAGAGCUGGUCACACUCAAUGACCUGGAGCCCAAAGCUGCUAAUUGCACUAAGAUUCUCGUUUGGCACACUAGGACGGAAAAACCUGUCCUUGUAAAUGAGGGGAAAAAAGGAUUUACAGACCCCAACGUGGAGAUUUGACGUUGUCUC